AUGUCUUUAUCAUUACAAAAAUCGUCAGAAACCGUCUCAGUCAAAUGGAGUGCCUCACAUAUAAGUAAUAAUCUGACUAUUAAUCGCUCGUCAGAAUCACGUCGAUCAACAAUGUAUGGUGUAUCACAUAAAAGUGGUUUUACUAUGGUAACUGUAUCCGAAGAUGGAACUAAACGAAUUCAAGGUCAAGUAAUAUGUCGUGUUAUGAAUAAUAAUAAUGCUUCAGCACCGGAAAUUGAUGCUCGAUUUACUGUUUAUGUUAUUCAAGCUGCAUUUGUUAAUUUACCUAUCCGAAAUUUACUUGUUCUUGCUUGUACAAAAAGUAUUCAAAUCUAUGAAUUAGAUGGUACAACAAAUCUACAUAUUCAUAUGCUUGAUAAAAACCAUUCAAAUAAAACAGAAUCAUCUAUCUAUUCACGAGGUAUUGCAGGUAUUGGUCAAAAUUUACUGUGCGUUGGCAAUCAUCAAGGUGAAAUUCUUGUAUUUAAUAUUUCUCCGAAAGGAACAAAUAUAUUUCUUAAAGAAACAAUACAUGGUCAUCAAUAUGGUAUAACAUAUUUAGUAUCAAAUGCUAAUUUAUUAAUAUCAAGUGAUACAAGUGGUACUAUACUUAUACGAAAUAUACGUACAAUGUCACAAAUAAAUACAAUACCAUCUAUAGAUGAAAGUGGUGUUACAUCAUUGUCCAUAUGGAAUAAUUGUAUUGUAGCUAGUUAUGCUAAUGGAAUGAUUCGUCUUUUUGAUCCUGAGAAUGCUCAAAUUUGUGGUUCUAUUGCUGCUCAUGCAAGAUGUAUUAAUGCAAUUGAUUGUAAUGAACAAGGUUUACUUGCAUCUGUUGGUGAUGAUUGUUUUGUUAGAAUUUGGAAAUUAACUGGUGAUGCUGAAAACUUACAGGUAAAAUAUUAUUUUGUUUGA